CGACGUUGCUUUUCCAAUCCCCUAAAGUAUUUCUUGGUUCUCCCUUACAACUCGUAUGGCCAGGACGCUUCUUUGGGUGGCCAUCCUUUCUUAUGUGGGGUACAAGGCAUCAUGGAAUAUACUUCGUCGCUAUCUUAUCCGCAAGACUACGGUGCUUCAUGACAUUGAGCUAUUAGGCAAAGCCCCUCCUACCCAGAAAAUCCCAGGAACGGUCGUCGUCGCUGGAAGAAGUCUGUCCGGAUACGCUUCCGCAAGAAUUUUGGCCGACUACUUCGAGAAAAUCGUUCUGAUUGACCCCGAUACUAACAUAACGGCUGCUGGAAGGGUGCCACAACGACCUCAUCUGCAUGUUCUCUUAACCAUCUCCUUGCCAAUCCUUCGCAAACUCUACACAAGCUUUGACAAGGAAGCGCCGCAGAAUGAUGUUUACAUAUUCCCUGGAUUGAGACACUGGUGGAUCGGUAGAAACUACUUCGGCGACCUCAAACUCAAUAUGCGGGAUCAAAUCACUGGCUCGCGAAUCUCCAUCGAAACUCUCUGUCGACGUCUGACCAUCGCAUACUGCGGUGACCGGCUUCAAGUCAUUCAUGGAACUGUCACCAGCAUUGAAGCUUCAGCUGACAAAACAACAAUUCGUUCGGUUUCUUACCGUCCCGCCUCAGAAGUCUCGACGACAGCUCCAAAUGCAAUCCCAUGCACACUUUUUGUGGAUUGCUCUGGCGCAUCCACAAUCGGUGCCAAGUUAUUGCCAGCAGCCUGCGAGAAAUGGGGACCUUAUGACCGUGCUUCAUACAACCCGAAUGUGAAGUAUUACAGCACAUCCUUCAGCCUCACUCCCAAAACGCAAGAGAAGGUAUCAAGGGCACUACCUCAAGAUGAUCGGUCCUUUGGGAGGUGGGAUACCUGCACUGUCAUCGGCGCAGUUACCCCAACGGCCGAAACUGGCCGAGACCUUUUCAUGUAUCAGCGAAUCGAGGGGAAUAGAUUGCUUGUCGGAUAUUGCGGGUGGGGUGUUGACACACGUCCUGGGACUUUAGCUCAAUAUAUCGAGACGACGAGGCAAAUGUAUAGGAAGAGCCACCCCAAGGAACGCCAUGACCGGGACGAAUGGCUUUUUGAACUAUUACGGCUAGCUGGAGAGGGCGCAGACAACCUUGACGAACCUAUCAAAUGGGAUGCCUACGCCAUGACCUCCUGCUAUUGGAUCGACUACGCAUCCAAACCUGUCCCGAAUAAUUUCAUCACCGUUGGUGAUGCCUUGAUGAGAGUGAACCCGAUUUUCGGACAGGGCGUGGCCAAGCUCUUGUUUAACUCAAUAGUUCUUAAUACCGCCUUGCAUGGGGCACUACAAUCUUCGAACAAGCCUGAGCUGCCACCAGGCUUCGCUCAUUCGUACUUCGAGCGUGUCCUUAGGAUCGACAGGGGCAUGUUCGAUACUAAUCGUUCUCUGGAUUACGGCUACGACUCCUCCGUACCUCAGGCUGGGGAGACGUUGGGGGCUGGCAAAACCUUCAGGAAAUAUUGGGAGAUGUUGUUAAAUUUUGUUUCUCAUGAUUUAAGUGCGUACGAGACAUUUAUCGAUGUGUUGAGCGGAUUUAGACCCGGAAUCGAUUUGAUGAGUCCUCCGUUCGUCUUCAAGUCAAUCUUUUGGGCGUGGUGGUCUCCGGUAGCUUCCUAGAUCUACAGUAACUUCCAGAUCAAAUUGCUGCUUUGGCUAUGUUAAGCUUUGGAAGCGUAUUUACCCAUACGACUGGGGUCCAAUGACGCCAGCCUAGUUGUGCACGGUUCAUAGCUUAGAGCAUUGAUAUGUAACUUUUCGCUUCGGACGAACUGACUCCUCGCCCUCGAAACCCUCGCUUAUGUGCCUAGCAUGCGGCUUGCUUCUCUAGAAUGGUUGUCAACGGUAUUCCUGUCAGGACGUUCUACGUUGUUGAACCCAUUAAUCAUAUCAUUGAAGGUUGUACUUUUGUUAUCGAUAUAAUUGCAAUACUUCCACGGAC